AUGAGGUUAUUAGUCGGUGCUCCAAAAGGUGAAACAUCCCAACCAGGUGUUAACAGAGCAGGAUCUGUAUUUAGAUGUGGAAUAGAUCGUGCCGACUACUGCCAGGAGAUUCCUUUCGAUGCCAAAGGAAAUAACAUCAGAUGGAAUGGCUCAGCCUAUGUUGAUAUAGAAGAUAAAUCUGAUCAGUGGUUUGGAGCCACCAUUCAAAGUUCAGGAGAAAAUGGUGUCAUAGUGGCUUGUGCACCUAGAUAUACAUAUUUCUCUACAACAUAUGAUAAACGGGAGCCAGUUGGAACAUGUUUCUUGGCCAGGGCAUCCACCACAACUUACGAAGAAUUUUCACCAUGUCGAACAGCUGCCUGGGGUUACCAUAGACAAGGUUUUUGUCAAGCAGGUUUUGCCGCCUCCUUUGCUCAAGAUGGUGAACAGUUAAUGAUAGCAGCUGUUGGUAGUUACUAUUGGCAGGGACAGUUAUAUAACUAUGAUCUAGCCAAUCCUGAUAAUGUGAAGAAGACAGCUGAAGGACCAGCUAAAGAUGAUGACAGUUAUAUGGGAUAUUCUAGUAGUGUUGGUGAUUUUGAUGGUGACAAUGUUGAUGAUUACAUUGUUGGCAUCCCAAAAGCAGAACAACAUCUGGGAAAGGUUGCUAUGUUCACACAGAAUUUUUCCAACAUUGCCAAUAUAACAGGAGAACAGCUGCGAAGUUCUUAUGGCAUAUUUUUGUUACAGGUUGGAUCAUUCUUUGGAUAUUCUCUAGCAGUUACAGAUCUGAAUAAAGAUGGGUUAGAUGAUGUGAUUGUAGGAGCACCAUUUUACAGUGAUUACGCCUCAUUAACCGUGUAUGAUACAGGCCGUGUCUAUAUUUACUAUCAACAAACUACAGAGAAGAAAUUUAAAGAAAAUCGUAAAGAUGUAUUAGAUGGUUUUGACAGUAAAUCAAGAUUUGGGUCAGCUAUAUCAAAACUGGGUGAUAUUAACUAUGAUGGCUACAAUGAUCUAGGAGUUGGAGCACCAUAUGCAGGUGAUGAAGGACGUGGAGCUAUCUAUAUCUAUCAUGGUUCUAUUAAAGGCAUUAUCACACAAGUCUCUCAGAUUAUUCAUGCUAACGACAUUAAAACAGGAUUAUCUACCUUUGGUUACUCUCUAUCAGGAGGCUGGGAUCAAGAUGGCAAUUCUUAUCCAGAUGUUUUGGUAGGAGCUUAUGCUGUAGAUAAAGCUGUAUUUUUGAGAACGCGACCAGUGGUACGAGUAACAGCUAGUCUAAAAAUAGAACCAGAAAUGGUGAAUUUAGAGAAGAGAUCUUGUAGUUUAGUUGAUGAUACUAGAGUAUCUUGUUUAACAAUUUACACCUGUUUAGAGUACAGUGGUAUUGGUGUGCCUAAUGAACUCUAUUUUGAUGUGGAAUGGAAUCUAGAUACAUUACAAAGAAAUAAAACACUGGAGGAACAGCGAGCCUUUUACUUAUUAUCUGGAUUGGUUACACGAGAAAAUAACACCAUCAAAUUAACACAUAAAGCUAUGUGGUGUGUUUCUUCAUUCGCUUAUGUCAAGAAUGAACCAAGAGAUAAAUUAACACCGAUUGCUGUAGAUUUUAAAUUUAAUCUUCAUGAACGAACCAAGAGAACCACUCGAGAAUUAAAACCUAUUUUAGAUCAAUAUAUUCCACAAAAAGUUCGACAUCAGGCCCAGAUAUUGAAACAUUGUGGAGUGGAUAAUAUUUGUAUUCCUGAUUUAGUUGUUAAUUCAUUCAGAGUAUCAGCAGCCCAUAUUAUAGGAAGUGAUGCCGAACUGGAAGUUCUAGUCAUGGUGGAAAAUAGAGGAGAAAACGCUUUUAAUUCUAGACUUUGGAUCAACAUGCCUCCUGGUGUUACAUAUAGAAAUAUCCAUGGUAUUGAAGCUGUCACUCCUGUCAGCUGUACAUCUAAUACUAUAGAAGGAGAGGUGGUAGUUAUGUGUGAUUUGGGUAAUCCUCUACCCUACAGAGCCAAGACAAAUUUUACGCUUAGAGUUUCACCUAAAGAAGUAAAUGGUUCAAGGAAUCAACUGAUUUUUGCUUUAAAUAUCAACAGCUCAAAUACAGAAAACUUUACUGAUACAGUCAAUAACUUUGCAAGUGUGUCCAUUCCUGUCACAGCUUCAGCUGAUAUACAAGUUUAUGGUAAAUCCACCCCAGAAUUGAUUAUAUUUAACGCAACAGAAGCCAAAAAAUAUGUCAGGGAAAAUAAACAGCCAUCAAUUGAACAUUUAUUUGAGUUACGUAAUUUGGGUCCCAGUGCUACCAAGACAACAGAAUUAACUAUAUAUUGGCCAACACGAGGGGAUGAUGGUAAAAGGUUAUUAGAAUUAGCUAAGCAACCAGAAAUAGAGAAGGGAAAUGGUGAAUGUUAUACAUUUUAUUUAACACCAUCUAAUUUUUCAUCGUUUGAAUAUGCCAGAAAUCAAGAAAAUAAUGUAGAUGUAAUAUUACAAGAAUCUCGAUCCAGAACAAAGCGAGACAACAGCAGACCAAGAGAAAUAAAAUGUACGAAUCAAUGGUGUAGAGUGAUACGUUGUGUAGUUGGUUAUAUGGCUUCUGAUGAUAAUUUCUUAUUGAAAAUAACUGGUAAACUCUAUACAGAUUCAUUGAUUAGUUCUGGUUCUGCAGAAACCUUGAUGAUUACAUCCAGGGGAACAGCAAAAAUUCUAGCCAUGCCGUAUGAUCUUGACAGUGUUGAUGUUACUUUAUUCCGAGAAGCCAGUCGAGAGGUCAGUACAGCAGUAAAUCCUGAUAAUUUAGUACCUAAAUCUCGUCCAAUAGAAAUCUGGAUUAUAGCUGUAUCAAUAUCAGCAGGGUUAUUAGUCUUAUUAUUAUUAAUAAUUCUACUCUGGUGGUGUGGAUUUUUCAAACGACGAAAGCCAGAAGAUGAUGGAUAUAUGAUGACAAACGGUAAACACGAUAUUGCCGAUAAGGAGUGGGAAUAA